AAUCCCUUAUGAGUUACGAUCUAUCCUCCUCCUUUAUGGAAUUUAGAAGGUAGAUUUCUUCUAAAAUUAAGAAUUCCCCUCAUAAAAACAAGGAUAGAAUUAUGACCCCUUUAUAAAAAUCCCAUGAUCCAGUUGGUCUCCUCAAACAAUCUGUCACUAAUAAUCUGACACGCUUAAAACUUAAAUCGACUAUUUGCAGUAAAACAUAUCAUAAUCAAUAGAUAUAGGAUUAACACCUAAGAGGAAUUCAGAUAUAUAAUAAUUACAAAAUACUAUUAUUAAGGGAAAAGGGCAAACUGUUAAAAUUCCAAAACCCUCUUUAUAUCACAGUGCUUCUAAAUCCUAAUAAUCAUAACUUUAUCAAUUAUAAGAACUCAGCACUUUUAGGAAGUCGGACUAUUUUGAGUAAUAAAACGAAAUUAAGCAAUACUCUUCAAAGUACUCAAAAAUAAUGAAUGAGGAAUAAGGCCUUUAUUACAGUAAAUUAUAAGCUAAGCUGGACUAGUUAUCCAAUGCAAUAGGUGAGAAGAUUGAUAGAUAGUCAAAUUUAGUAUAAAUUGAUAAUCUUAUUGGUUGUUCUCAAAAAAUUAAAGAACAAUCAAAAACAGAUAAGUAUAUAGAUAUUUUACAAUUUGAAAGUAAAAUUUUGCAAAAUGAUAUACUUAGUAUUAGAUCGAAGCAAUCAAGACUUUCACAUUCAAUUGAAAAUUGA